UAUCGCGGUCCGCAUUUGGUUACCAUAUUGCAAGCAUUGACUUGUGUGCUUGUUAUUCCCUCGACGCCAUGGGUAAAUCAAACCUUGAUCUCGUUAAAGAAUGCGACAGAUUCCCGUAUUACGCGGAUGACCCCGCGUUCUACACGGCCCAUAUGCGCAACUACCAUGCCUUUAGGGUUAACGGAUGCGAUGCCAACCUAGGAUACAUGCUAAACUCCGUCGUAAAGAAGCUUGAACUGCCCGAAGGCUCCUGGGCGAUCGACUCCACCAACCAGACCGUCACGCUCAUGACUGACCGUGACGCGACACCGGAGCAACGCAGUCAACUGAUGGCCGAGACGCUCGCAGUGGCCGUGAAGCGGGAUACGUUUGAGAUAUUGCGAGGAUGGCGGAAUGAAAAAUAUCCCGUCUACGCUCCAGGCGGCAAGUUUCUCCUGGAGGUAGAACGCUCCGCAACCCCGCUUUUUGGCUUCGUGUCCUACGGCGUCCAUGCCACCUGCUAUGUGAACGACGACAACGGCUUGCGACUCUGGAUCCCUAGGCGAUCGAAGACGAAGCAGACCUACCCUGGUAUGCUGGACAAUUCGGUGGCGGGUGGGAUGAGCACAGAUGAACACCCGGGUGAAUGCCUCGUCCGCGAGGCCAUGGAGGAGGCAUCGCUUCCUGAGGAUGUCGUGCGGAAGAACUCCACGGCUGCUGGGUGUGUUACUUAUUUCUACGUUCGGAGUGCUCAGGCGGGGGGUGAGACCGACCUGUUGCAGCCUGAGGUGGAAUACAUCUACGAUCUCAAACUGAGCGCCGAUGUUGUUCCCAAGCCUUGCGACUCCGAGGUGGAGCAGUUCUACCUGAUGACCGUUGACGAAGUCCAAGCGGCUUUGGCAAAUGGAGAGUUCAAGCCUAACUGUUCCGUUGUUCUGAUCGACUUUUUCCUCCGACACGGGAUCCUGACUCCCGAGAACGAGCCCAACUUUCUGGACAUCAUCUCCAGGAUUCACCGCCGUUUGGAGUUCCCCACUGCCUCUCAUUUUGAGGGUUAGACAGCAUCCGAUAGCAAGCAAUAGACGUAUCUUCGAAACCUGCAGAAUACAACAUCCGAUAUAUUCUAUCUGAUACCCAGUCACCAAAUCUAACGCCAACGCUGCAAUAUAAAUCAUCCCAGAAAUGCAAACCGACUUUUUUUCUUUGACGACCCAUGAAGCCAAUUCAAACCAAAUAUCCACAUCGCGACACAGGAAAAAAAGUGAACGGUUGAAAUUGUAAUUAUUUCUUCAGGAGCAGAUACACGUAGUCGAUCCUCAAAGGUGCCAGCUUCUUAUAGGGGCCUUCAAGGUAGAGCAACAGACCACCGAAGGAGAUGAAAACCGCC